UAAUACAUUCAAAAAUACUUGUGGAAGGAGAAGAUGAACUAAAUGAGAGAAAGUUGAGAACAAGUUUCUGCAAAGAGGAUGAAGAAAUAAAAUUCUUGAUCCCCACUUUUCUUCUCCCCUCCAUUAUACUCAGAGUUGGCAAGAGAAUAGACGGACUUAACAGUAGAAAUCCGGAUCGAAAGGAGAAGCGUGUUAUAAAAGUUCUGUGGAUAUACGGAUGGAUGCUCAAUGAGAAAUUAUUCGUUCUCGAUCGAAUGAGGUAUUUCUGAAUUCAGUUCAGUUAGUGAUAUUUUACAUCUAGGAACAAAAUGUAUGACAAUGAUGAGAAGAUUUAUAAGAAGAACGAAAGUGAAAUAUCAGAUUCUGUAAAAGAAAGAUUGGAAAAUCUUCUCAACGAUGGACGAAAUGCAUCGGUUCACACAGAUUCAUGCAAUGUUGACUUACCGUCAUUUUACGAUCCAAAAAGAUUUCGUCUAGGUCAAGAAGCAUUUCAUAAUAAUAUCUUCUCGAUGAUGAUCGCUAAAUUGUCAGGAUUAAUAGCUCUUUUCGCAAUACCUACUAUUGUUGAUGUAAUUGCAUUUACGAAGCAAAGUGACACACCAUGUUUGGCUUUUCGGAGAUACGCUUCGACUGUACUUCAUACAUUCGUGUGGUACGGAAAGGAACCGAAAAAACAAAAGGAAUUCCUUGAAUCUUUGAAAAUCGUCAGGAGGAAACAUUGCGUUGCAUUUCAUAGAAGUUUCAACGCCGGCAUACGUAAAGCUUCGCAAACUGACAUGGCCUUAGCUCAAUUUGGAUUUAUUGGAUAUAUAUUGCUUGGUACUAAACAACUUGGAAUAUAUACGACUGAUGAAGAAAUGGACGGUCUUGUACACUUUUGGCGAGUAAUCGGUUGUGUUCUUGGAAUGGAAGACAAAUACAAUAUCUGUAUGGAAACGGUCGAAGAAACCCGUGCACUUUGUGCGAAGGUUUUAGAGGAAAUAUUCUUGCCAUCCAUAAUUAAAAACAAGAUAAUAUUCAACGAAAUGGCACAUGUACUUUUAAAAGGACUUUGGUGCAUUAAUCCAUACUUGGAUCCACAUGCGUUCACUGCAUUUACUCUUUACUUAACUUCGUUAAUCGUUACUAAUAAUAAUCAUUCUAUUAAUAUAGAUUAUCAGAGCAUGUCGAGGUAUAGUAAAUUCAUCUUUAAUUUACAACUAUUCGUACAUCGAUACCUGAUUGCAACUAAGUAUUGGUGGUCCAUUAUAUUUCGCAAAUUCUUCAACAGUCAAAUGCGAUUGGCUAUAUAUUUAACCGAAAAUUAUCCAUAUAUUGCCUAUUGGUCAUUUGGUAUAAAACAAUCGGACGUUAGCACAUAUCGUUAUUAUUUCAAAUGAAUGUAUAAAUUUUGAAAAAGAAAAAGAAAAAGGGAUAAAAAAAGGGAAUUAUCAAUUAUAUAAGAGAUUUAAUUAUCAAAGGUCAUAUAUAUACAUAAAUAUAUUUUUUAUACGAGUAUUCACUAAAUUAAUAAAAUUGCGAAAAGAAAUUACGAUAUACAACAAGGAAAGGAACUUCAAAUGCUUCUUGUAAAAAGUUAAUAGGUUAAAAACAUAUAAUGUCAAAUGAAUGUGUAAAUUUGAAAAAAAA